AUGUCGUCCGGGAACCCUUUCCGCCUUUCUCAAGCUCCUCGUCAGCCCGCGGCCGUCCCGCAGACUUCCUUCAUCAACACGGAUAGCAGUGUCUCUGAGGCGCGUAGGGAGGACAGCGACCAUGUGCUCGAAGAUGUCGCCCCGCCGCCGAUAAAGACAAAGAAGUCUGUCCGCAUACUGUCUCCAACUACGACAAUUCCACCCUACCCAUUUGACGACAAAGAUGUGACUCUAAAUGAGCUCAGGGCCCGGCGAUCGAGCCAAGGUCCGCCUGCAAGCCCACCGCCUCCCGUAACACCCGCUGGCUAUGCCAACAGUUCAAUCACAGCGGGCGAAGCCAAUGCCCAAGUUAUUGGGAAAGACGCCAUGGCAACAGCGGACGUCCCCCCAAGUCCAAGCCCUUAUUUGAACAACCCCCAAGCCACUCUAUCGCCAAGCAAUGUACCGGCGAAUCCGUUUUCGAGAACACUGGCGUCGCUAGAACCGCAAGAAAGGGAGAGCGAGGAGGAGCGGACGAAUACGGGAAGACCAAUGCUAGGCAACAGCAGGGCAUCUCUAGAUGUAGAGAGCUUCAAGAACCUACUCAUGACCGGAAAGCCUACUCCGCGACCAUCCGGCCCGCCUCCGCAGCCUACGAGCGCGUCGCAACCGGUCGCUGGUGCGCAAUUUGAGACCAGCAGUAGCACAGAUACUUCCUCGGUCUCACGGCAAUCGCUAUUCGAACCCCCACAAGAGAUACACGCUGAUUCGCCACGUACAUCUGUCGAUAUGGCAGAAUCAGAUGACGACGAGAGUAUGGGACUGGUGUCAGAAGUGAAGAAGGGCAAGAAGAAGCCCCCACCUGCGCCCAAGCAUCGUCAUGGGAAGCUCGUCACGCCGAGACAGCCACAGGUAGUGUCGUUCGAAAGCUUUGCCGCUACAGAACCGGCACCUCCUCCAGCCAUUAGACGAACGGAUAGUUCAGAUACAAAUAAGCCACUCCCGCCAACUCCAGUUGUUGCGCCGCAGUCCCUACACAUCAGCACUCAGAAUACCACGCCACUACAGUCUCCACCAAUACCGCCGGUACCAAGUCAGCCUUCAACACCAUCAGAGGGUCCAAUUAGACAGAAGAAGAUGCCUCCGCCUGUACCAUUGGCUCGGAGACAAAGUCAGCUCAAGACUACAACUACUGGCAACAGAUCGCGAAGCAGUUCAAACCUCACCAUAUCCUCUCAACACUCAGUCGAUGCCCUACAGAGCCCCGGUCCAAGUACCCUUGACCCAUCAUUUGGAGCAAAGUCCCCGCCCCCUCCUCCACCCUCACGGCAUGGCGCACGACUUGCGAACCUAGGCAACUCAAGCGCGAAUUCUUCGAGUACUGAAUUGCCACAAAGGUCAAGCUCGGGACGAAUACCGAGAUCUGUUCCAGAGCCUCCGUCAUCUCGUCGUAGCACUCUAGAGUCCCAACCUUCGUCGCCUGCACCUAGUGUGUACCGCACCUCAUCUAUAUCGUCCAAUCGCAACACUCAUCGCAAUGUCUCAGGAGAGAGUACAGGGAGCAACAUGGCGCCACCUCCGCCUCCACCAAGGCGUCGACAAUCGAAUCGCUCGAGCCUUGAUCAGCAAAGACCUCACGUAUCCUACUCCUCUCCCACAGAAAGCCGAAGAACGAGCACAGAGUAUCGUCGCACGAGCACAGAGCACAGGCGAUCAAGUGUAGCCAGUGAAAGUUCGCUGAGAAGGACGUAUACACCUGUGGACGAGAAGGGCGAAAACGAACACGCUUUGUACUCGCCAAUCGAGGAGAGCGAAAGGAGGCUAGGUCUUGAUGAGAACGUGAGCGGUGGAAAGGAAGGCGAGGGAAGGAGUGAUUCGAGUAAUAUCCUUGACGACAUGGAAAAGUUCCAGCGUGAGAUUGAUGAAUUGAGGACGAGGUACAAACAAGCGGGAUAG